AUGACUAUGCAUCAAGAUACACCUGAAAAGCCACUAUCUAAUCAUGCUGAUAAUGAUUCCCUCAUAGUAAUCCAAUCGACAUUAAUCGAAGUAAUGUGGUGUAUAACUGGUGGAACUACCAUCUUGACCAAUUUAGGUAUACUAUUAAUCAUAGGCUGGUAUCGAAAAUUACGUCAAACUCCACAUGCACCUUACAUGAUUAGCAUGUUUAUUGGCAGUUUAUUAUCCUCUAUUUUCUACGUUUUACCUCGCCAUAUUAAGGCUGGUAAUAAUCACAUGAUGCAAUAUCCAUUUCCAUGCUCAAUUAUGCCCUAUUUAGGAUCAUCAUUUCUUGUCAAUUUAAAUUUUCAUAUUUGUAUCUUAACAUUAAAUCGCUACCUAUCUAUUGAAUUUCCAUUUCGUAAUUUAUAUUUUUUAUCUCACAAAGUGAGUGUAUGUAUCUUGAUUUGUCUAUGGCUGUUGACUGCGGCGAUAGCAGCAUUACCUUUAAUGACAUUUGUUCAAUAUAACAGCUCAAGAUGUGCGGUAUAUAUUAUCGCUGAAAAUGAAGAUGCACGUGUAUCACAACAGGUUUACUUAACAAUCAUUUUUACAUGUUUAUUAAUUUUGCCAUUAGCAUCCUUUCUACCAUGCUAUGCUCGUAUCUUUUAUAUCGUUAAUGUUCAUGCACGACGUAUGCAAGGCGAAAAUGACGGCCAUGGUCAUCAAUUAUCGCUCAAUAGGCACAAUAUUAAAGCCGCUAGACAAAUCAUUAUCUUAGUGACUUUAUUCUUAAUAUGUUAUUUACCUUUUGCCAUUACCUUUAUGAUACUAAAUGUUCGCCCUGGUUUAAUAUAUACCACUACUGAACUGAAUAUUAUUCAUUUAUUACGAUUCGUCGCCUUUUCUUAUCCUGCUGUUAAUCCAAUCUUAUUCGCUUUCUAUACUGCUGAUAUUAAAAUUGCGAUUAAAAUGUCUUUAAGUAAUCUUUCCAACCAAUGCUGUAAACGAUUUCGUCAUCACUCCUAUCAAUUAUCAACUUAA